ACUGUCUUUUGUGAACUACACUAGAGGUUUUGUUAUCAAAUUUUAAUGUGAAUAAUCAAAAACUUACGUGUUACUCGCGUUCAAUUGAGUCAACAAAUAUUAAUCUAGUUGAAAAGUUCUCGGGCUUUCAAAUUAUAUUGAUAUGGCGGAAAUGGGUGAGAAAUAUAAUACUAAAUGUCCUGGUGUAAAGCGGCUCAUGCGAGAAGCAUUGGAGUUGGCAGAAGCAACAGAAGAAUAUUGUGCGAGGCCCUUAGAUGAUAAUCUUUUCGAAUGGCACUUUACUGUCCAAGGCCCUAAAGGUACAGACUUCGAAGGAGGCAUAUACCAUGGUAGGAUAUUAUUACCAAAAGAAUACCCUAUGCAUCCACCUCAUAUUAUUCUCCUGACACCUAAUGGCAGAUUUGAAGUGAAUAAAAAGAUAUGUCUUUCGAUUUCUGGACACCACCCAGAGACAUGGCAACCAUCAUGGUCAAUUAGGACUGCUCUAUUAGCAUUGAUUGCAUUCAUGCCAACUCCAUCUGAAGGAACCAUUGGAUCGUUGGAUUAUUCACCUGCAGAGCGUAAAGUAUUGGCUAAGAAAUCAAAGAACUGGAAUUGCACACAAUGUGGAGAAAUUUCAACAUUGUUGUCUUUAACAGCUGCUAAGCCUAUAACUGACGAGGAAAAGUCUGUAUUAAACCAAAUAGCAUUCAAAGGUGAAGAAGAGCAAACUGCGAAACCCCCUGAAGAACCUGUACAAGAAGUAGAGCCUCAGGUUUUGGAAUCAGUGGACUCCAGUACCAGCUUUUUGGAUCACUUGAUGGAAAUACUAGUUGCGUUGCUUGUUGGAGCCAUAGGAAUCUUUAUAUACAGACGCUGGAGUGCCCACUACUCUUCAGCAGAAACAGAAUUGUAAUUAAUCCAUAUUGAGAUUAAAAUAAUAAUUAUUAAAUACCUACAUGUG